UUCUUCAGGCCACACCUCUUCACAUAAUGAUUAAUUGGGCCAAUCUUGACACCUAUGGGUGCAUCUACUGUUAUCUCUCUCCCCAAGAUCAAUGCGAACAGUUAUGCAAUAGCUUUCACCUUAUCGAUCAUUUGGGAUGUGUAGUCAUGCGGUUCAACUUUGCCAGUGUUAACGCAAAGGAGAAGACUACACAUCCCAACAGACGGAGCGGCUCGCUGCUUCACUAGUUACACACUGAAUGUAGUUCGCUGCACUUGGAAGAAAAAUCCGUUCAUGAUUCACUUCAUUAAUAAAUAAAUAGUUCGGUGUCAUGGCGGAAUCUGCAGCUUGUCCUGCCUUCCAGCUCGGGAGACCUCGAUACGAGCAGGGUUCAUUCCUUGGUCGACUGAGACACUUUGUGGACAUCAUUGAUCCCAGCACCCUGUUUGUGUCUGAGAAAAAAUUGAAAGAAUGCAUUAAACUACUUGAUGACUAUAAACAUGGAGAGCUUCCUCCUGGAGUGUCUGAUCUUCAGCUGUGGGAAGCCCAGAAGAUCAAGCAGGCCAUCAUUCAUCCUGACACAGGAGAGAAGAUCUUCAUGCCAUUUCGAAUGUCAGGUUAUGUCCCAUUUGGAACACCGAUUGUCAUUGGCCUUCUUCUCCCAAAUCAGACUGUGGUGUCUACCAUUAUAUGGCAGUGGCUGAACCAGAGUCACAAUGCCUGUGUCAACUACGCCAACCGUAAUGCCACAAAGCCUACGCCAACAUCAAAGUUUGUUCAAGGCUACGUGGGAGCUGUGACCAGCGCUGUUUCUAUUGCAGUGGGACUGAAUGUCCUGAUUCAGAAGGCCAACAAGCUGAGUCCUGCCACCAGAAUGAUAAUUCAGAGACUGGUCCCCUUCCCAGCUGUCGCCAGUGCAAACAUCUGUAACGUGGGCCUGAUGAGACACAAUGAGCUCUCUGAGGGAAUCGAUGUUCUGGACAACAACGGGAAUGUGGUGGGAUCCUCCAAAAUUGCUGCGAGACAUGCGAUCAUGGAGACCGCCUUCACACGUGUGGUCCUCCCGAUGCCGAUCUUUGUCCUGCCCCCCAUCAUCAUGUCCUACCUAGAGAGGCUGCGAUUCCUGCAGAGCAACCGCAGAUUGUUGCUGCCCAUCCACAGCCUGGUGUGCCUGGUUACCUUCGGCCUCUCGCUGCCCGUAGCCAUCAGCCUGUUCCCCCAGAUGUCUCAGAUUGAGGUGUCUCGCCUAGAGCCUGAAAUCGCCAUGGCAACAGAUUGCAAGGUGGUGACCUACAACAAGGGUUUAUGAUGGAUGGCUUGGUGUGGGAGCGGGGAGCAGAGGACAGAGGAGCGAGGAUAGAAAUGAGGCUGCGUUGUGAAUAGCUGUCGGGGAGAACCUACAGUGGGGUUCCUCCUGUCGACAGGUUUGGGAGUCGUUCUGCUGCAGUGUCACAGCGUAGUCUGUAGACCGUCACGUACUAACACAGGGUUUUUUUCUAUGGUUCUCAAGAUCCCAGCAAUUAUUGAGUCGAGAUCUGAGGAUGGGACAGAUUUUAUUCUGUCCUCUCUGUUUUCUGUACAUAGAAAUUAUAUAUUUACUGUGUUUUUUUAGUAUUAAUGAAAUAAUUUUAAUAUAUAUACAAAACAGUGUUUGCCACACACUGGCUAAGUUAUGGCUGCUUUUUCACACAAUGAAAAAGGGUUUAUAAAUACAGUUUAAACCUGCAAUAACUGAACUUCUGGGUCUUUGGCCACUGAAUACUUCACUGUGUUCAGCAGCUGGUUGCUAACUGUGUCUGUCUUGAUCAGGUAGUGCACGGUAGUUUUUUAGAGCUUUUUCACUGGCAAAAAAACCUCUCUAAAGAGACACCCCUUCGAAAUGAUAUCACUCGAUUGAAUGAUUGUUAUCAGUGGUUAUCAGCCUUAUAAAUAUAAGUUGGAGGGAGCUGCUACACCUACUAGAAGGUAGGUAGGCUCAGAAGGCCAUCAUCAGCAGUGUUGGGGAGGUAACUAGUUAAAUCUAAUUAAUUUACAAAAUAAAUAUAAAUGUAAUCGGUUACAGUUGCUGAGAAAAACUAUGUGAGUCAAAUACAGUUACUAAUUGUUAUCAGCCCAUUAAAUGGUCGUUAUCAGUUGUCAUCUGGAGCAGUUUUGUUAGGUUUCGCUUUCAUUAGAUUUAAUGGAGCAAUGCCUGCGAGCUAGUUCAGGCAGUCAGCUGAUGCACUGAUUCAUACACACACGUCAUACAUCACUCUCCAUAUGUCAUCUACAAACACACCCUCCCAAUUUAGCGGGCUGUUUAAGCUGAAAAAUCUUCCCAGCUCUCCCUUUGCACUGCCUAUGCCGCUGCUGCUCUACAACAGUACUGGUGCUUGGUCUUUCAGCCCCACCUCCACUCCAGCAUCCACCUGCAGGCUCUGGCUAAGGGGGGGAUAUUUAAUAAUCACUCUCUAAUAUCUCAUGUAAGUAUAUCUGCCAGGAGCGAUAAGACUGGAGUCUAGACACCAAACUCUAACUAUGUUCUGCUGUUGAAAUGAACAUUUAAAAUGUGAGUUGUCUGACAGAACUAAGGUUGUGGUUAGGUUUAGAAAACAAUUAUGGUUCUGGGUGAAAAUAAGUAUGUUUGUAAUGUGACAUGACAUGAUGAAUUUACAAAGGUCUGUUGAAAUAAGUUAAUGAGACACAAACAGCGGCCUCCUGGGUGAAAGUCCUGUAUUUGUUUGACUGACCCAUCCGUCUUAUGCAACCUCCUCCCAACAGAGACUUUAGCACUAUUCAGACAGGAUUAGUUUUACAUGGGCACGUGGGGUAAUGUCACUUUUACCACAGGACGUCGGUAAUAUUAAUGGCCAAUUCGCACGGGAUAAGAAAUAUCAGUAAAACUACCACAAGUGGGAGGGGUAAAUCCAUUCACGCACCGCUGUCCCCUCCUGUCGUCAUGUGCGUAUGAUGUUGGUUCCUGUGCGUACCACACUCCUUCCAGGCAAAACAUUAUUAUUAUUAUGAACUGAUUAGCCUACUGGUUAAUUUUAUUGUCAUUUUUUUACUAGCCACAUAGCCCUGCUACAUUGCAUACUUAACUUACCUAAAGCAAGUCGUAGGCCCACAGUACCUGAGGUUUCACAUGGACUUGUCCAACUGUGAAGUGCAAAACUGAGUGCCUCUUCAAGAGCCUCCAUGCUUGAAAGUCCGCGAAAAAAACCACUUGUCAACAGGAUGUGACAAAAUAUCUACACACAUAUUUACUGCUGGUCUAUUCACACGGGAUUAGUAUUACCUGAGGUAAUUUUCUGGGACCCUUUUAC